AUGACGAAAAUAGAUAUCAUGCCUAAACUACUUAAUGCAAUGGAAACUGGAAUAAUACACCAUGAAAUUGAAUUAAACUCACGAUCGAGCUCUAUUGGUUAUUCAUUCAUUGGUUAUUGGUCGAGAUCAAAUGCUCAUCAAGUUGCUUUGAAGAACUUGGACAUCCAGGCGUCUGGUCUCUACUCUUGUGAAGUAUCACUCGAAACUCCCAUCUACACAAAAGCAUCCAGCGACCAUGAACUGACUGUUAUUAUACCGCAGUCGGCCGCUCCGCGAAUCACAUUCGGCGCCCGUGAGUACACAGUGGGCGAAUUGCUGGAAGCCAACUGCACGUCGGUGCCGGCCCACCCGCCUCCGCAUAUCACGUGGCUGAUCAAUGGCAAAAAGGUGGACGAAAAAAUGACCCGGACCUUCCCACAGCCCAUAUCUCUUGGUCACGUCGGAAAGGCGGGAACUCCAUUGCUGCACCACAAUCCGCCGACGUCACCUCCUGCUCCGAUGUACGAUAUUGCUCCACAUUACGCGAAGCAGUUCGGCUAUGGAUAUUACGCUCACAAUGACGCUGAUCCACUAAGAUACCAUGGCGAGAAGGGUGUGUUGUACACCCAUACACAACAUCACAG